GCAGAAAUGGCUCCGUCUAAUGAAACGAAUUUUGAGAUUUUUCAGGAUGACUCGUCAAGUCCAAAAUCACUAUCACCUCAAAUGGACGGUGACCGCCGAGCGCAUCACAAUGAGCUUGAACGGAGACGUCGUGAUCAUAUUAAGGAUCAUUUUAUGUCGCUGAAAGACGCCAUACCGUUGCUUGAUGGUGAAAAGGUAACAACCAAUAGUUUUCUUCACCUUAGAUGCUACCUGAAUUCGAUAGCGCAGUCGCGCUCAUUCAUACAAAUUGAUCACUAU